GGGCUGGGCAAGCAGACCACAAAACCACAUAGGGUAAGUCAUCACUAAUAAGCACAUGAAGCAAGCAAGAUGUGUACCUCUAAAGAGAAUGCGUUUGAUGAAAUGUAUCAACUUAUCAGACCAUUUCACAAGCUGCACGGUAUUCUUGUUCCAGAAUUUAUGACGGCAGAUCAUUUUGACUCCUUAGCCACCGUCCAACUUGAUGCGAGCGAUGUGUGGAUCUCAACUUUCCCCAAAGCAGGAACAACUUGGACACAACAGAUAGUCAAGUUGAUUCGCAAUCAAGGUGAAGAAGAUGACGUACAAAUCUCAAAGAGUGUUCCUUGGGUGGAGAACUCUAAUUAUGCUGACAUUGACAUACCCUCACUGCCAAAGCCUCGUACGUUUAAGAGUCACAUGCCGUACGAACUAAUGCCCUGUGGCAUUCCGAACACCACCCCCUGCAAGUACAUCUAUGUUACACGCAAUCCAAAAGAUGUGGCCGUAUCGUUGUACUUUCAUUACCAGCGAUCUCACGCUCUACCAGACAAAAAAAUUGAUUGGAAUCUCUUCUAUUGCAACUUUCUUAAUGGGAAUGUAGAAUUUGGAAAUUUUCUGGACCACGUUUUGAGCUGGUGGCCACACAGAAACGAUGCUAAUGUUCUCUUUCUCAAGUUUGAAGAUAUGAAAAGAGAUUUACGAGCAGUUGUUGCACGCAUAGCACACUUCAUUGGAGCUGACAUUUCAGACGAGAUUGUUGCUAAGGUGGCAGAUAAAAGCACAUUCAAAGCAAUGAAAGCCAACGCUGCAGCUAACUACUCCUGGAGCAAGACUGAUAAUCCUGGCACAACUGACUUCAUGAGAAAGGGAGAAGUGGGAGAUUGGGAGAAUUACUUCACUGCUGAGCAGUCGGAGGAGAUGGACAAAGUGUGCAGAGAGAAGUUACAAGGAACUGGAUUAGACUACACAUUCAAGAUUUAAGUGACUAUUAUUCAAUUGGAUUGUACAGUAACUGCAUGUUCAAGUGUACGUAUAAUUAUGUAUACAACGACAAUAGGUUCAUUGUU